AUGAUAGCUCGGGGCCACCCCCUGUCCUUCCUGGAGGAAGGGGACGACGACAGCAUCGACAUGUCGACGCCGUGGGGGCUUGGCCGGGCCUACGCUAACGAGGGCUGGGCCUACCUCACCGCAAACGACGGAUGGAACGCGGACGGGAGUAUGGGAGGCCGAGAAUUCAACCGCGUCCCGUUCACCGGUGAAUUUUUGAUGACUGAUUCGGAGGGCCAUUCGUGGACGCCCUACGUCCCCAGAAACAGCCCCUACGAGCUCACGAACAUCAAGAGGUGGCAGCCUCUGGUGGAGUCGGAUGGUCUCGGGUACGUUUCGACUCAAGAGCACGUGACGCCGCACAUCGGGAGCACCGGCCGCUACUUCGGAUUCUCUUCCAAGGAAGACGAGGAAGCCUUUAGCUCGCGCACGAUAGAUGCGCCAGACUACCUCAACAGGUACAACGAAAUCGUCCACGACGUUCUCAACGAGUCCGCCACAACCGCCGAGUCACCCUACAAGCAGUUCGCCAUUUCGUUCUUCGACAACAAGUUCAACUCCCUCAUUCCCCUCAAGAUCGCUUAUUUCCUACGGAGCACGACCCGGGAAAACUACACAACAACGGAUUUCUACCAGAUCACUCUCGAGGUUCAGCUUGCCGUUUACAACGGCAUCUUGCUUGCCUGGAAGGAGAAGAUUCGCCACGACCGACCCCGCCCACCCACCAUGGUCAAGCACAAGCUCGGUGAUGCACUGGUGGAGGCCUACGCCGGGCCUGGUCAAGGAGUCCAAACUAUCAAGGCAUCGGAAUGGGAGCCUUUCAUCAGGACCAUGCCUCACUCCGAGUACCCUUCGGGCUCUUCGUGCCUUUGCGAGGCGUUCGCACGGCAAAUCGAAAACUUCCUUGGCGAUGACACGAUCGAGCCCGCUCUUCAGUUCCCCCCGGGUCCUCCGCCCCCGGGCUUCGAUGCACCGCCUCUGGAAUUCGCUUCCUGGUCCGAGAUUUCUCAAGUCUGUGGCGACAGUCGUGCCUGGGGCGGCAUGCACUUUGCGGGAGCCGUUCCAGCGGGAGCCGAACUAUGCGGAAGCACGGACAUGGCCAAGUCAAUCCACGACUCGUUUGAGCGUCUCAAAGUAGGGGACGAAAGUGCGGCCAUCUUCAAGACAGACAUCGGCGAGCUGAUGGUGCGCCCCCGUUAG